ACUAACCUGAUCUAGCGUUUGCACUCUAAUCUUCCGCAUGCUGCACCUUUCAAUAUAAAGAGAGUCAAAUCAUUGGCCAUUUUAAUAUCAGCGUCAGGUACUCCAGUUUCCACCACAGGUAAAAGACACGCAGCACAGGUUUCAGAAGGGUGCUCACCAGCGCCCCCUUUGCAGCCAUUAUGCGCCCUCGAUGCACACUUUUGCUGAGACCGCACUGAAGUGAGCUCCACAACAGACUCCUACCUGACAAUCAAAGUGCCAUUACAUCACAAAAGUGUGGAUUCGGAGGAAGAUCGAGAGGGCUUAGGGUUCUAUUUGGGACAGGGCCAGUGUUGAACUUCCUUCUCCUGUAUCCUAUUCUUCUGCAAUCCAGAAUGGCAGCACAGCUGAAAGGUCAGAGGUGCCUAAAGACUUCAAGAGGCUCCUGAAGAAAGUAGAGAGGACGUGUCCCAGCUGCCCUAUUGGAAUACAAUGAAGGAAAUGUGUAGUCAUGAGAACCAGAAGAUCUCAAAUUAUAACUAAAAGAUCAUUGGCGAUCCUGAGUAUAUCUUCGUAACUCUCAGACUGUGUCUUCUUACCUGAAGAUGUGUCAACAGUUACUUGGCAAAAGAUCCCAAAAGACUAAAGUUUGACAGCAGACUCUGAAAGGAUAGAGACACACUCUUGAAAAUGAAGGUUCUUUAUUGGCAUUGAUGAUUCCAUGAGGAACCUUAAACAUACAUGGAACUUUUCCAUUGGACAAAAGGUUCUUUACAGUGGAAAACAGUUCCUCAGACUAUUAAAAUAAUUUUAAUAUUACGAAAAAAGGUUCUUUUGAGAACUGGUCACUGAACGGUUCUUUUCUGUGUUAUAAUGCUGGAUAAGGACAAAUUAUUAUUCUGCAAGGCACCAGUCUAUUUCGAGGGUCAAAUGAUGAGAAAUUACAUAGCAGAAAUGGAAAAUACAUUUCCAACUGCAAGAUAAAAAACAUUUUGAGACACUUUCCCCCCUAAAAGACAUUUUAGUAAGAGGAUCUCUGGAUAUAUUUGGCUCUCAUGUCUAUAAAUAGCCUUUUGGAGUAUAUGUAAGACUGAGAUUAGUCUGAUGUUGGUUAUUCCCAUCAUCUGAGUUAUCAGUUCACUGACCACAUUAUCACUGUCUCUACAACUGAAUGAUGAGAAACUGAAAAAACCUUUUAAAAAUUAGUAGUAUUGUCAUGGGAAGAAUAAAACAAGAUAAUUUGUUCAAGAACAUGGAUGAAACUACACAACAAAAUGCUUCAGAUUCGGAUUUAUUAGUUUAUUACUUGAAACACAAGUGUAUAAAUGUGUAAGGAAAUACCACUGAAGUAGACUCUUUAUGGUAUUUAAAAGCCUGAUAUUUUCACUAAUAUUCAAAUGUUAUAUCCUUCUAAAACAUGCAACCUCAGUGACUUGAUAUAUCCUUUCAGCCCACACGUAUUUAAACUGGUUCCUGAAUUGUGCUUCUGAUAAGGUUAAUGUUUGAAGGAUCUAAGGAUUUCAUUUUUUAUUAUGAAAAUUAUGCUGUGUUGUCUACACAAGUAAGUCAGGGAUAAGAGAAUGUCUCCAUCUCAAGGUUUAUUGUGAAGCAGCAGUUCUCUAUUGCAUUAUAACACUUGUUGAAUUUGUGCGGAUGCAAUCAAGAUUAUUCACUAAAUCCUGCUCAUUUUUAACCAUCACUUCAUCUCCUGCACUCCAGUCUUCCCACAUUGUGGCGAAGAGAGAUGCUCAGUACAGUUGGAUGAAUGAGGCUGGGUCCAACACAUUCAUAAUGAGUAUUUAAGGCAGUAAAUUAAGAUACGACAUGCAAAAUUAUUAUUGUUUUAUUAGGACGAAAGAAAAAUGUGCAAUUGAAACAUCUAUUGACAAAAUGCAUGGAGGGUUAUUGAUAACCAUCUACUGUCACAUAAGGUCAGUAUAAAACAGCAGACAGGAGGUCGACUAAAAGAAUGUGAUGUGAUGACUUUGCUAUUAUUCUAAAAUUACUCGAAUAGUGUCAUAAUAAUACAGAUUAUAAUAAUAAAGAAUGAGCAGGAGUGUCCAAACUUUUGACUGACAGAUCAGCGCGAGACACUAUGCCCCUGUCAGUCAUUAAAACCUUUCAAUAUUUAAAUUUUCAAUAUUAAAAAGAUGUAACACCAUAUUCUUGUGUGAAAUAAACCAUCUCGCUCUCGCCUUUGGGCUCCUCAUCCUUAUUUUCAUUACAAAGAUAUUUAUUCCAGCACCAGAGUCUGCACACAGAGGCAGAGCUCUCCUCCAAUCGACAAGACGCGGUUGCUGGAGCGACGGCUCUGAUUGGUUUGGAGUGCUGUCAGUCACGGGGUUUUUUCGCGAGCGGACCAAUCAGGAGCGUCUGCUGACCCCGUUCACCCCGCGCAGUACGCUGACGUGCGCGUCACGUGAUGUUUUCGCUGGGCUGUAGUGAUGUGUAGCCACCAUGAGUGAAGCGGGCAAAUAAAGAUUUAUAAUGGCAGCGAGCGAUGAUGGAGGCUCUGCGAAGAUGCAAUGUUUCGUCGUGCUUGUCGUGCUGAACAAUCACCAGGGCGAUACAUCGGAAAGCAGCACGGAUUACUCGAACGUGUAAUUGUAUCUGAGCUACGAACCCGCAGCCAACAAAAUGGGCCGUGCAUCGGCGUAAAGCAGAGGUAAAGUGACCUUUCAUCGCAUUGUCCCAUGGAAGAUCGGCCGCAUUUACCGAAUCACGGCGUCAUGUUGACACUGGAUGCACAACCGCGUCGCGCUGUCACGAAAACGACCGCGACCAACGGCGACAUCUCUUGUGCUGCCGGGGAGCCACCAUCCUCCUCCUCCUCCUCCUCCACCACCUCAAUCAAUAACAGCGGCUCCCGUUUGCCCAUGCACUUAACAGCCUCCUCUCAUUCUCAGCCACAGAGGAGGUACCAUCCGCCUUACCACUUUAAAGUGCAUCAUCUGUUCCCAGAUGAGAGCCCUCAGGAUGCUGUAUUGAGGAAAAACUUGCCACCCCUCCAGUAUAAGGUGCACGACUCUGCCUUCUGCCGCGUACUCAGCGCCGACACCACUGCUGCUGCCCUGGCCGCCGCCGCCGCCUGCUCUGGUGGCGUGGACAGGGACAUAUGGAAAUGUGGCUAUCUCCGAAAACAGAAACAUGGCCACAAGAGGUUCUUUGUCCUGAGGGGCCCCAGCAACCUCGGGCCCAGUCGGUUGGAGUACUAUGACAGCGAGAAAAAAUUUCGAAAUGCCCUCAAAGCUGCUGCCUCCGGUGUUGCGUGCCCUGCCAAAAGGGUGAUUUAUCUGUCCCAGUGUUUUACGGUCAACAAGAGGGCUGAUGCCAAGAACAAAUACCUCAUUGCCCUUUAUACUAAAGAUGAGUACUUUGCAGUGGUGGCGGAGAGCGAACAGGAGCAAGAGGAGUGGUACUUAUCCCUCACUGAACUUAUGACGGAGGGAAAAAAGGGGCAGCUAGACAACGACGAACUUGAUGACGGUUACGGGACGAUUUCGCCGGGCACUAUUUUCAAAGAGGUGUGGCAGGUGAACGUCAAACCUAAAGGCUUGGGUCAGACCAGGAAUUUAAUGGGCGUGUACCGUCUGUGCCUUUCCGCCAAGACUAUUCACCUGGUGAAGCUGAACUCGGAGACGCCUGCCGUCAACCUGCCGCUAAUGAACAUUCGCCGCUGCGGCCACUCUGAGAGCUUCUUCUUUAUCGAGGUGGGCCGCUCUUCUUCCAUUGGCCCUGGUGAAAUAUGGGUGCAAGUCGAGGACUCUGUGGUAGCGCAGAACAUGCAUGAGACCAUUCUGGACACUAUGAAGGCUCUGAAGGCCUUUCCGGACUUUAGGCCGCGGAGCAAAAGCCAGUCCUCCAGCUCAAAUCCCAUGCCGUUUAUAACUACUCGUCGGCAUCUCGGUAACCUUCCCCCAAGCCAAACUGGUCUGCAGCGCCCCUCCAGAACAGAUUCAGUGACGGGCACGCCACCGACGGGGAAAAACCGAGGGCGAGGCCAGCGCUACCGGACGUCCAGUGAGGGCGAAGGCACUCAAGACCGGCCCCUGAGCUCCCACGGGCAGCCUGGUGCACCUAAAUACCCCCAUUCUCAGCGUGGGCCGAGAAGAAAGUGGCAGCUGCUGCAACCACGCCUCACCCAGUUCAAGUCACCACACCCGCUCUGCUUCACUUCCUGUGUCUCACUUCCUGUCUGCCACCAGCCCCAUCAGUGUGUCCAGCAGCAGUGGGCAUGGCUCGGCCUCUGACACGCACACUCGCCCCUCUAGCUCCUCCAUUUGUGGCUCCCCUAGUGACGGAGGCUUCAACUCCUCUGACGAAUUCUGCCCUAGCCCGUGCGACUUCAGGUACUUUCACGCAAGUUGUACCACACCCGAAUCCCACGGCAGCACCCCACCGAUUAGGGAAGACUAUCGGCUGACUGAAUACAUGACCAUGGAUUGGCAUAGAGAUGGAGCGAGGACUUUUGAGGAGGAAAGCAGUUAC